CACGACCUGAUCAAUAAUUUUUCCUCUCCUCCUCACACUUCCGUCACCUCUCUCUCUCUCUAAAAAUAAAAAUGAAUCCUCGCAUUUUAUCUCUCCUCUCUUCAAUCUCAAUCGUUUCAACACUUAUUCUAAUCACUUGUACCAUCUCAGUAAUCGGAGCCAAACCAGAUUCCUCCUCCGGCAAUGACUUCUCAUAUUUGGAACGAAGUUGCCUCUCCAAGUGGGCGGCGGCGGAGGAGGAGAACAACCGCAAGAACCAAACCAGUCCACGGCGGCGAACGGCGGAGAUGCUGAGUCUUGAGACUCCGGAGUUGGACUGCACGGUUUGGAGCGAGGCUUGCUCGGAAGAGGUACUGAAUCUCGCGAGGCGGCCCGAGAAUGUCCGGUGGAUGAAGGAUCUCAGGCGGAUAAUCCACGCGAAUCCGGAACUCGCUUUCGAGGAAUUCGAGACGAGUCGUCUAAUCCGCCAAGAACUGGAUGGAAUGGAGGUUGCUUACCGGUUUCCGAUGGCCGGAACCGGAAUCCGAGCCACCAUCGGCACCGGCGAACCGCCUUUCGUCGCUCUCAGAGCCGACAUGGACGCCCUCCCAAUCCAGGAAGCGGUCGAAUGGGAGCACAAAAGCCAAGUCGCCGGAAAAAUGCACGCUUGUGGCCACGACGCCCACGUGGCCAUGCUCAUUGGGGCUGCCAAAAUUUUGAAAACUCGUGAACAUCAUUUGAAGGGAACAGUGAUAUUGCUGUUCCAGCCAGCAGAAGAAGCAGGGAAUGGAGCAAAACGGAUGAUAAGCGAUGGAGCUCUCGAAAACGUGGAGGCUAUAUUUGCAGUUCAUGUAUCCCAUCAGCACCCAACUGCUGUGAUUGGAUCGAGGCCUGGUCCUUUGCUAGCAGGUUGUGGUUUUUUCAGAGCUGUGAUCAGGGGGAAACAGGGCAGUGCAGGAAAUCCACACCGCUCUGUUGACCCUGUUUUGGCUGCCUCGGCUUCUGUAAUCAGCUUACAAGGGAUUGUGUCUCGUGAGGCCAAUCCGCUUGACUCUCAGGUGGUAUCAGUGACUUCCUUCAAUGGAGGUGACAAUCUCGACGCGAUACCGGAUACCGUCGUCAUCGGCGGCACUUUUCGAGCUUUCUCCAACACAAGCUUUUACCAACUUCUGAAAAGAAUAGAGGAGGUAAUUGUAGAACAAGCCGGUGUUUUCAGGUGCUCAGCGACAAUUGAUUUCUUUGAGAAAGAGUACACAAUUUAUCCUCCCACGGUGAACGAUGAGAAGAUGUACGAGCAUGUGAGGAAGGUGGCAGUGGAUUUGGUGGGAAGAGAGAAUUUCAGGGUGGUUCCGCCAAUGAUGGGUGCAGAGGACUUUUCCUUUUACUCAGAGGUUGUCCCUGCAGCCUUCUUCUAUAUUGGGAUAAGGAACGAAACGUUGGGGUCAAUACACUCCGGUCACUCCCCUCACUUCAUGAUCGAUGAAGAUGCUCUACCAGUAGGUGCGGCAACUCAUGCUGCCAUUGCAGAAAGAUAUCUCAAUGAGCACAGAUGAUGAUGAAUUCAAGAUGAACUACGUACCUACCCUAAGAGGAUAUGGGGAUUGAGUCUCUUGGGAUGACGUUCGGGUGCGAGACUCUUGACUACUAAUCUUGGCCACCAAAUGUUUGCUAUUAUGUUUUUUGGUGGGAGCGGAGUCCUGCUAUGAUUCAAGUUCUUUUUCAAGGAGCGUCUGUAGAUCCCUACAUUACUAAGUUGGUAUAGGCUUCUCUUGUUCGACUUUCCAACGGGUAGUGGCUCUUCUGAGCAGUUGUCGCGAGCUGAUUGCCCCCAUUGCCUUUUCUAUCUAGUAAAAAUAUUUUAAAUUGUACAUGUUUAAACAAUGAGACCACUAGAGGUAUCCUCAGUAUUUCAUCUAAAGUGGUCCCAUUGGGUUAGCAUAAAUAUUUUUAAUAUUUUUUUGUGAUUUAAUUAUGUAUAUGUAAAGUACUCGCAAGUGUUAAUGUAUGAAGCUUUUUUUGGGCCAAA